UGCACGCACAUGGCCCGAACUCCAUGGUCUCGAGCACACUCAGUCAUAGUGUCCCAUCUCAAAACUCCGACCUUCUCUCCUGACCCUUCAGGCUUCUCUCUCUUUCUCUCUCUAUACAUAUAUAUGUAGCUAUAAAAAAUUUUAUAUGUGCUUGCAGAAGUAUGGGUUCUUAUAUUCAUAAUAAUGAAAUAAUGGUUCGGCCCGUGAACUUUGGUUUCUCAGUCUCGUUUAACUCUUAUGUGAGAUAAUGAUUGGUGGUGUGCCGAUUCUGCAUUAGCCAAUGAACCUGAAUAAUGCUUCUCGCAGUAUGGCCCCAAGAACUCUCCGCUUCAGCGCCAGACGCUCUCCUCAAAAGUUCAUUUUUAUUGUACUACUAAUACUUGUACCAAUUUGUGUUAUUGGAAUUUUUAUUCACAGUCAGAAGAUCUCCUAUUUCUUUCGUCCACUUUGGGACAAUCCUCCACUGCAAUUUGAGCAUUUGCCACAUUACUAUGCAGAGAAUGUUUCUAUGGAAAACCUUUGUCGCCUCCAUGGUUGGUCCUUGCGUUCAAAACCACGCCGUGUUUUUGAUGGAAUAAUAUUCAGCAAUGAAUUGGACUUGCUUGAGAUUAGGUGGCAGGAACUCCAUCCAUAUGUUACUAAAUUUGUAAUCUUGGAAGCGAACACUACCUUCACAGGCAUCCCAAAACCUCUCUAUUUUGCUACAAAUCGGAACCGAUUUGCUUUUGCUGAAGAAAAGAUUGUUCAUGGCACAUUUCCUGGACGCAUUGCAUCACAUGGGUCACACGACGACCCAUUUAAACUUGAAUCUGAGCAGCGUGUGGCUAUGAAUGGAUUGCUUCGUUGGGCAGGUAUAUCCAAUGGCGACUUACUCAUUAUGUCAGACACUGAUGAAAUCCCAAGUCCUCACACUGUGAAACUGUUGCAAUGGUGUGAUGAGGUUCCUCCCGUGCUGCAUCUUGAGUUGAGGGAUUAUAUGUAUUCCUUUGAAUUCCCUGUCGACUAUAGCAGCUGGCGUGCCACGAUCCAUAUUUACAGCCCGUGGACCCAAUAUCGACAUUCACGCCAAACGGAUGUUAUUCUUUCCGAUGCAGGUUGGCACUGUAGCUUUUGCUUCAGGUAUUUGAGAGAAUUUGUAUUCAAAAUGACUGCCUAUAGUCAUGCAGACCGGGUGAGGCAUAAAGAAUUUAUGAAAUAUUCUAGAAUUCAAAAACUUAUCUGUAGGGGAGAUGACCUUUUCGACAUGUUACCCGAAGAGUAUACUUUUAAGGAAUUGUUCAAAAAGAUGGGUUCAAUUACCCCGUCAGCUUCUGCUGUUCAUCUUCCAGCUUACUUGAUAGAGAAUGCAGAAAAGUUCAAGUUCCUUCUCCCAGGAGGUUGUUUACGCUCAACAGGAUGAACUUCUUACAGGUUCUGCCAUUUUUCCAGAUUAAAAUUUUAAAGUUGACAUAAGUUAGAGACAUCUCACUCAUCAAAUUGUCUUUCAUCUGUUAGAAAGGAACUUAUUUCUUUUCCUUUGCAUUAGUUACUAGCUUCCACGAGGUAGCGAAGAUUUUAGCAAUUACACUUGUACUAUUUUUCUUGUCCUUAGCACGAGAAGAGAAUCUAUCGAUAGAUAUGUUGUAGAACUUGGUUUAACUGUAGUUUCAGAAAUAAAUUGUGCACUUCAUACUU